GCGCACUCGACACGGACGCGCAGCGCUUCCUCGCUCGAAACGGUAAAUUGUUCACUUUAACGGCCACCGACUCCGACUCGGCUUAAAUCCGGCACGGCCAUUAAUGCAGUGUUCAAGUAUCUCAAAUCGAACUUAAAAUAUUUUUAUUGAGUACGAUAUUUUUUUAUCAGUGUUUGUGUUUGAAAAGAAUGAUAAACGAUAAUCUUUGGCAACGAUCAAAUCUGAAAUAAAUUAGCGAAUGGAACACUCGUUGAACUUAUCCUAAGCCCUGACUUAUCAUAAACUUUAUCCUGAACCCAAGACGAGAAUCAAAUUUCAGUAGAGAGCGCCCACCUGAAAAUUACCACCUGCACGCACAAGCACACGCAUCCCCACCGAAUCAUGACGAGCAUCUCGGCGCUACUACACCGGAGCCACAGCAACGGGUACACGAGCAGUGGGAGCAGCAAUCACAGCCACAGCAGUAGCCUCUCACCGCAGUUGCCCGGCCUGGCCCUGGGCAUGGGAAUGGGAAUGGGAGUGGGCCUGGGAGCCACCACAGCGCCAACACCACCACCGCCACCAACUGACCUCGCCAUGCCCCCAGCAGCACCAGCUCCCGCUCCAGCACCGAAGCUGCAGCAUCAUCAGCAACAUCAUCAUAGCCACUCCAAUUCCCACUCCACAGCCACUUCCAAUUCCCAUUCAAAUUCUGGAUCCCAUCACAGCAGUCAUGACCACAUUAAGCGACCAAUGAACGCUUUCAUGGUCUGGUCGCGGGGACAGCGUCGCAAAAUGGCCCAGGACAAUCCCAAAAUGCACAAUUCCGAAAUAUCCAAGCGCCUCGGUGCCGAGUGGAAAUUGCUCACCGAAGGACAGAAGCGUCCAUUCAUCGACGAGGCAAAACGAUUGCGCGCCCUGCACAUGAAAGAACAUCCCGACUACAAGUAUCGACCACGUCGCAAGCCCAAGACGCUCAACAAGUCGCCAGUGCCGGGUGGUGCUAAUGGUGGUGCCGCAUCUGGUGGUUCCAGUAAUAACAGCAAUGGCGGAGCCCCUGGAGGCGGCUCUGGAGGAUCGUCCGCGACUAAGGACAUGCAGUCACAGCUAUCGCCGUUGGGCCAGACGUUGCCCCAUCUGCAUGGACAUGGACACCACCACCAUCACCACCACCUCACGCACCCGCACCACUCCCACCACCAGCAUCCCCAUCCGCACCACGUCCAGCUGGCGGCCGCCGCAGCAGCCAACACCCUGAGUGCCAAGUACGGCUUUGGGUCCCCCUUAGAGCUCUCCCUGCCCCGCCUGCCCAACGCCUUUCCCGGCCUCGCCCACUACCCGUUGGACCCGACCCUGGCCCUCGAUCUGCAGGCCCGCCUUCAGGCCAUGUACGCCGGCAGCCUCUACCAUCCGUGGCGCUACCUGCCAUUGAUCAGUCCCGAGACGCCUCCCUCCCCGCCCAGCAGCAGCGGCACUGGCAUCUCAUCCUACGGCUGCGUGAAGUCGGCAAAAUCCUCGCCAGUCGCUGGAGUGGUUCCUCCCAACGUGGCCACCACACCGCCGAACAUCAUUUGACCGACUCCUCUGCGCUUCGGCGCCGGCACCGCCGCAGAGCACGCGGUGUAGACCUGGAAAAGAUGAUACUGAGUAGAUGGACGCUUACGGUCCCAGCACAUUCACCCACUGGUCAUGUGGUCACCCAGGACCCCACAAAACUGAAGAUAAUUGUUAGAUCCUAGUGCUAGUUGAAUCCUUGUGAGUUUUGUGUGUGCUUUGCUUUGAGUUUUGCCUCUCGUUUUACGUUCCGAUUCUGUUGCGGGUCACAUUUGAUGGAGGUUGCAGGAAAGAAGCCUAUUAAAUCUUUAGAAUUCAAUAAAAAUAAUUUAUUUGUUAUUAUGGAAUAUUUUAUUAUCGUUAAUUUUGUAACUGCUCUGCAAAGUGUUUUUUAGUGGAUACAUGUAUCGAAAUUCAACUAAAUAAUACCAUAUUGAAUUCCUUCGAAACUGUUUUACCUUUGCAAAACUUCAGUUGUUCACUGUUUGAAAGUAUUUUUUUUUUAAUUUUUGCAGGGUUUCAAACAAAUUCCGAGAUAUGUACCUUUUUUCAACCUUUUUCAAGAUCAGACCGUUCCAAAUCGAAUUAAUCGAAUUACUGAUUAUUUGGAGCUCAUAGAAUGUGUAAAAUAUACCCAUUGAUGGCAUAAUAACCAAAUGUAUUUGGAGCAAAACUGAUGAUAAUGUGACUCCUUAAAAUCAUUUGAAUCAUUUUCAUUUAUUUCUGACCUUUCGAAAUAUCAGCAAAUCAAUAUUCAUUACUUUAAAGAAUCUUUGAAUUGAUUUUUAGGUUUUAGUGCUUUAAUUUGGUUGAGGCGCCAUAGAAUGCCCACAAUUUUUUGGAUAAUAUAUAUACAUGUAUUAAAAAAAACUAAAUUU